AUGUCCCUGCAGGCUGAUUUUGACAAGGUGGCCAAAGACGUGAGGAAGCUGAAAACCAGGCCAGAUGAUGAGAAACUCAAAGAGAUCUAUGGACUCUACAAACAGUCUGUAACUGGAGACAUAGAUAUUGAGUGUCCAGCACUGUUAGAUCUAAAAGGAAAGGCUAAGUGGGAAGCCUGGAACCUUCAGAAAGGAUUAUCAAAGGAAGAUGCCAUGAGUGCCUGUAUUUCUAAAGCAAAAGAACUAAUAGAAAAAUACGGAAUCUAG